AUGCUGCUACCGUUAUUAGCAGUGUUGUGGAUGCUGUCGGGUGUGACUGCCCAAACCACGUCGGCGACUCCGAGCAUGAACUACCGAUGGUUCUGUGACUUGACCUUGAACCCGGUGGUGACGUUGGAAUGGGAUUCCUCCACCAAUGGCUAUGUGGUCCAAAAGCCGCGCCACGGAGAGUACUAUGGGUACAACGGCCAAAUUGGCAGUAGUGGUCAAGGUGACGAAGAUGGUGGGACCACAACAACGGGAACGCAAGAUCCAUGGACAAGGCGAUUGAUGAAGAGUCUAUUACAGAGUGUUAUAGGGAGCUCCGAAGAAGACGACGAUGAUGACGGAACUACUACCACUCCUCUUGCCGUUGGAAUUCCAUUGGCUGCCCCCAAUCUUCGAUCUCCCGCCUUGUUGCCUCAGUGGGACCACAACAUGCCGGCUCUGGCAGUCAACAACAAUAACAACAACACCAGCGACAGUCGCAAGCUGCGACUCAUCCAAGAUCGCCAACAGUCACCGGUGGUUGUGGAAAACAAUAUGUAUCCCUUUGACGAUUUCAAUACAUUGUCUCCCAACUCCGCCUUGACCGUACAAGCCCGUUCGUGUGAUUGUUGGAACAGCAUGGUCUGGGGAGGAGCCUUUUAUUGUCCCACUCCACGAACUCAUUGCGCCAUUCCCAGUUCUCCCAUUGGCGUGCCGGGAUGUGUCGACAUUCAAAAGCAACGGCGCAUUGUACGUUCCAUUUGGCCCGUCUUGGUCGUUUGGUAUGCUUCGGUUCUCUUUUGUUUGUCCUUUACCAUUACGGGUCGACAUGCCAUGAGCUGUUGUAUUGCCACGGUAUACCCCGCAUGGAAUCGACGAACGGCCGAACGACUCUUGCAGGAUGAUCCCAAUCAGGCGAACCAAAUGCUACUGAGGCAUUACCGAAUUAUGCGAGCACGCUACGAACGACGACUCAUGCGACGAUUGCGGCGUCGGGCACAACGAGAUCGACGACGAGCACGACGACGACGUCGGCAACAGGACGAGAAUGGUGGAGACAACAACAAUAGUGACGAUAGCAGUGAGUCGGAACUGGAAGAGGAGCUGCCAUUUCCCAAUUUGUGGGAUUUGGCCAUCAUCCCUCGACCCAUCAGUACGUCGGCGCAGGAUCCACAACCAGCAACGUUGGUGCUCAAAACGCGCAUUUACAAACAAAAAUCAAAGGAUGACGAAGAAGAAAACGACAACCACCGCGCGCCGCCUCCAAGUAGCCAACCCAAAGUAGAACAAUUUGUCGAUGAGGCAAUUGACGAAAGCAGUGCCGAGGAAGUCGCCUCCGGCAAGACUGAAGAAGAAGAAGAAGACAGUGACCUACAAGGCGAGGAAAGUGAUGGCAACAACGACGAAAAGGAGACGCCAGAAAUGGCGAACGAUGAUGCAGCACAUGAUUCUACAUCCACCAAUCUUGGUACUGAUGCUCAAGGAGAUACAUCCGAUGGGACGACCAAGAAAGCCGAGGAACAGGUAGAAGAUGAAAUCGUUGUCCAACCCGAACCCGAAAAGUCGUCUAGUGAUGAAGGACCAGAAGAAGCGUCCAAUAACCAGGGCAGCAGUGAUGAUGUUUUUGUCGAAGAAGAAGAACCAGCCGAUCCUGUGGAGGAAAACAACACAGCGUCAGCACCUGUAGUUUGUGCACCUUGUGCGGACCAUGAUGUCUCCGAAUGGGACGACGAUAACACCUGCACUAUUUGCUAUGCAUCACUAGAAGAUGGUGAUCGUGUGGGAGCGUUGCCCUGUGGACACGAAUUUCACGUCGAUCCGUGUUUGAAGCAUUGGUUGACGCGAAGGAACGUGUGCCCACUUUGUCUUACCGAGAACAUUGCCACGCCACGGUAUGCCGAUGGCUCUCCGGCGCCCUUGGCAGCCACCAACACUGACGACAGCAACACCAAUGAUGGAAUGGGAGAGAAUAUGCCUCCGAUCAUUCUGAGCUUCAAUCCUCCAGACAGCAGUAGCAGUGACCAGGACCGUUCCUCUUCGCAAGACGACGAUGAUUCAUCCGGUAUUCUGGACGACCCCAACCGAAUCCCGGCCUUUGGCGGUCCCCGCACGGAUCAACCUGUCAGACAUCGGACAAGAGCCAUGGCGGGUUUCACAUCGUUAUUCCGGCGAAGACGAACAGAGAACGAUGAUGCCAACAACUCUUCGCCGCCUAACGGUUCUGAACAAGCGCCUUAG